AUGUCUCGUAUUACAGUUUUCUUCAUAAGCAUUUUUCUUGUUCUGUCUACAUUUGUUCAAAAAGUUAAACCAUUUGAAGCAAAAAAUGGGUCGAUAAAAUUUUCCUUUCUUGAGGCGGUAGCAAAAGGGAAGGGGGGUGAUAACAAUUCACAAGAAACCUUACAAUCAAAUGAUCAAAUAAUUAAUGCUAGACCAUUACAGGAAAAUACAGUCGAAACGUUAGAAGUUCCUGCAGGACAAGGUGAAAAUAAUGCAGAGAAGUCUAACACAAUAAAUCAAAAUAUUAGUAAUGGUACCCACGAUGGUAGCACAGCUGGUAGCGCUAAUAAUAAUGGAGAGGGAAACGGGGUAAAGCAUAGGCUGAGUGAGGAUAACAACACAAGUGAAUAUGCUCAUGAGAAGGGUUACCACACUGAUGAUAUGGACACUACUAAUGAAAACAAAAUCAGCGGACAUAAAGAGGAAAAAGCGCAGAAUGUGCAUAAGCAAUCAGACAGCAAUAAUGAAGGGGGUCAUAAUGAAGCUGACCAUGGUCAGGACAAAAAUUCAAAUGGUAAACAUAAUAAUGAUCAUAGUGAUAUAACAAACAAUAAUCACAUAGAUGAUACUAAUGGAAAUAUAAACCAUUAUAAUCAGAAUGGUUUAAAUAAUAAUUUACACGGUCAUACUAUUUCUCAUAAUGAAGACGCGAAAGAGGACAUACAGGGAGAUCACAAUACUGCUGCGCAAUACAAAGAACAUAACAGUAACAACAAUAACAACAAUACAGAUGAAAAUACAGGUGCAGAAGCUAACCAUACCACUGUGCCAAUCGUAGAGGAGCCAGACGAAGAGGAUGCACAUAACAAAGAAAACAACAAUAAUGCAGUUGUUCCUGUAGCUAACAUUGGAGCAGCACUACCUGAUCAAGGUGGUUCUACCACCUCCGAACAUAUGGAGCGAAACGACAAUGAACAUACGCAUAGUAAUAAUAAUUCCAGCGUUCCGGGAAAUACAGAAAUGGCUCUAGAACCUGUACAUGGUCAUAAACAUACUACCCAGGAGGUCAACGAGCAUGAUGCAAAUGUAUCGAACAAGCCAAAGGUCGAACAUGGUGAGGGUGAAACACGGGGAACGGAUGAUGCAUAUGAUGAUAACAGCAAUAAUGUCAUAUAUGGUAGUUUGCAUCAGAACGCGGAUUUGAUCGGAUUUGAAUCGUUUAAGGGAAAAAAAUUGCAUAUUUCGUUGAGGGAACGAAUGAUAUUAGAGAUUAUGGAUGCAGCAAAGGAAGGAAUAGAUGGAUUGUUAAAGUUAAAAACAAGUAAAAAUUGUGGAAAAAUAUUUGAAGAAGCAUUAGAAAGAUUAAAAAUUAAUUCACGAGAAAUUAGUUCAAUUAAGAAUACCAUUUCACUUGAAAUGUAUGAUAAAAUAUUAUCAACACUUUUUAAAAUAUUAACAGAAUUAUCCUAUUAUGAAGACCCUAGUUUUUAUGAGUCUCUAAAUAUUAAUAAGUCCAUUUUGGAUCAAUCGUUAAAAGAAUUAAAAAUUCAAAUGUUCAAAAAAAUAGGUGUUCCAUAUACUAAGUUACCUCCUAUAUUGAAAAAGAAGUCAGAAUCAUGUGCUGUAAAGGAUUUUAUUAUAAGUAUAACAUCCAAAGAGUUAGCUCAACGUAUGGCUAUGAUGUUUGCAAAGUGGUUAUCCCCUGAGGAAUAUGGAUCAGUAGUAGAUUUUGAAAAAAAUAUUGAAAUAAAUUUUUUAUGUGCAGGUGCUUCUAUUUUAUUACAGCAUUGGAAAUAUUAUCAAAAUUUGUUAGGAUUCGAAAUAGACAAUGAACAUGCAUUUUUAGGACUGAUUGAUGAACUAUUAGUGUUAGACAAGAUGUAUAAUAAAAACGAAAAUUAUGCCAAAGAAAUGAAAAAAAUUAAAAAAUCCAAAGCAUUUACCUAUUGUACAAAAAUAAUGAGAAUUGGUGGAAAUAUUGCAUCAGUACCAUUUAAUCAUGAAAAUGUUAAAAAACCGAGCUCUUCAAUAAUUGGCUCCUUAGGAAAUUUGGUUAAAGCACAUAUAAGUUCUUACCAUGUAGCCAUAGCUCAAAGAAUAAAUUCUUAUUUUGUUUAUACUGAAAAAAAAAGCAAAAAAAUAAGUCCUCUGAAGGUUAUAUCUGUAUGUACCCUAUUACAUUUGACUGAUAUGUUACACAGGUGCUCCGAUGAACAUAAACAUACCAUUUUGGAUUUGCAUAAUUUACAGUUAAAUAUACUAAAUAUGGAGGGUAAGAAGGUCCUAGAACCCCUUGUUCGGUUAAGCUAUCUAUCAGAGGAGAAACAUCUUGCCCUCAAGGAAAUGUGCAAUCCGCACAAUGCCUUAGUUGCUGAAACGUUGUCCAAGCUGCUAGUUCUUCUGUCGACUGAGUCGCAUGGAUUGCUGGCAAACGAGGUAGAAAAGAGAGCAUUCGAUGAAGAUUUCAUUAAACAAGAACUAAAAAAUAUAAGUGACAGUGAAAGCAAUGUUAGAGAUGCUGGAGAGGAAGAAGUUGAGAAUGUUAUUUUUGAGGAUUUGUAA